AUGGACGACGAAGCAGCUUUCAGUGAUUCGAAGCCAGUCAAGGCUUAUAAGAUAUCAGCUAGUGUUUUACAGAUGAAUUUUAUGAAGAAGACGUAUAAUCAGGUAGAGAUGGCCAAGAAAAGAAGGAAUCGAAUUAACAAACCAAACAAGACAAAGGUAUUCCCAACAUUGCUCAGGUACGACGAUGAUCCAGUAGAGUAAGUCUUUGAUUGAUUUUUGUUUGGAUUUUGAGAAAAAUGACAAAACAUUGGUUCCAAAUAUCAUUUUUCGAAAAGCGGCAAUAAAUUCCUUUCCAAAACUUAUCUCUCAAAAAACCGCGAGAAUUUUCUUUACAAAACCCUUUUUUUAAAUGCAACUUUCUUUCCAGGAGUUAAAAAAACUAUAUUAAUGAACAUUUUUUCAGAGGUCUUCACGGAAUGACAGUAGAUGACCGAUUCACAAGAAUAGAGAAGUUCCGUUUUGGCAGGUUUUCAUUUGGCGGACAGAAUCCGGAAGUUGAAGUAUGUUUUACAAGCUUAAGGAAGACUUUUUGAAGUUAAAAAAUAUGUUUUUGAUUUCAUACUGAUUACUGUAUGUCAGUUUUUGAAUAUUAUGGCCAGGAGCAUCGGUUAGGGGGUAUGGAGUAUGAGGUGGUGGUUUUCCACAGCCGUGACUAUCGCCUGGUUGUGCCACUGUUUUUUUACCUUGCUUUAUGCCAUUAUGACAAUCAUUACAGGACCUGAUGCAACUUCACAACAACAAAAAACGCUACGAAGACGGGGAAAUCAGUGACGAAGAGAUUUCGGCCAAAGAAAUGGCCGAAACCUUCCAAAGCUACCGAAAACGACCAUUAGACAUCAAAGAAGAGCCUCGAGAAAACGAAGAUAUUAUCAUAGAGACCGGUAUACCGACCAAAAAACGAAAAAACAAAGUGAAAAUGCAAGGAAACAAGGAUUUUUAA